AUGAGGAAGAAGAAUCAUUCACCUUCUUCUACUUAUCAUUCCCGUGUUGAUAAUGAGAAAACAAAUAGUUCAAGUAUGCUGCACAAAUGUAAUUCGUGUGACAAAAAGUUCAGCUCCGGAAAACCACUCGGUGGUCACAAAAGAUCGCACCGCUCUAAGCUCCUUCAACCUCCAAUCAAGAAACACGGUGGUGGUAACCAUUAUGACGAUGUGAAACACAAACAUAUAUGUCUUUUUUGUGAUAAGAUUUUUCCAUUAAACAAAGCUUUGUAUGGACACAUGAGAUUGCACUCUAAUAGGAAUGAUACUUAUGACGAUCAACAAAUACUAUCAGCUGUUCGCUUAUCCAAAUAUUUGCCACCAAGAUCCCGAGAAACGAAGAAACGAUGCGGUCAAAGUAUAAUUGAUUAUGAAGCUAUUAAUGCCGCUCAAAUACUAUGUGAAAUGUCUCGCGCUGAUCCUGAAAUGUUGAAUCUUUCAACCGAUAUCGAUAAUCAAAUUAACAAGAAACUAGUGACGACAAUGAAAGAUAAUAACAAGUCAUUAGUGAACACGAGGAAGAAGAAUCCUUCACCUUCUUCUACUUAUCAUUCCCGUGUUGAUAAUGAGAAAACAAAUAGGUCAAGUAUGCUGCAGAAAUGUAAUUUGUGUGACAAAAAGUUCAACUCCGGAAAAGCACUCGGUGGUCACAAAACAUUGCACCGCUCUAAGCUCCUUCAACCUCCAAUCAAGAAACACGGUGGUGGUAACAAUUAUGAUGAUGUGAAACACAAACAUAUAUGUCUUUUUUGUGAUAAGAUUUUUCCAUCAAACAAAGCUUUGUAUGGACACAUGAGAUUGCACUCUAAUAGGAAUGAUACUUAUGACGAUCAACAAAUACUAUCAGUUGUUCACUUAUCCAAAUAUUCGCCGCCAAGAUCCCGUGAAACAAAGAAACGAUGCGGUCAAAGUAUAAUUGAUUAUGAAGCUAUUAAUGCCGCUCAUAUACUACGUGAAAUGUCUCGCGCUGAUCCUGAAAUGUUAAAUCUUUCAACCGAUAUCGAUAAUCAAAUUAACAAGAAACUAGUGACGACAACGAAAGAUAAUAACAAGUCAUUAGUGGUCAGAUUCAAGUUUCCUAAAGACAAGAAGAUAUUUCAAACACAUCAUGAAGAUUGCAACUGA